AUGCCAAUUCAGUCUCCAUAUCGCGUCUCCGUCACGGUUCUGGAUCUUUGGGGGGCACAGAAUCUUCGUACGUACGUUCAAGAGAAAAACGGAGACUCUCCCUGUGCGGAAUACGGGGUUUCUGUCACCAAUUCUCAGUGGCUAAGUCGUCUGGCCGAAUAUGCGCCGCGCCUCAUCUCCACGUUUUCCAUCCAAAAGUCUCCAUCGGCCUCGUCUCGACCUCCAAAGACUCCUCCACAGGCAAAGGCUCCUCCGCAGAGUCCACACCUCUACCCCCGUCCGGUCCUCCGUCGCGCUUUUUCCGUCAACCGUCAUUCGGUACCUGACCGAAACACCCGUACACUACCCAAAGAGGAUAAGCCAGAGAUCUGCUACCCAAAGAGGCCUGGCGUACCUCCUCGAUCUACCGUCCUGCCGGCACUGUUCCCCUUCUGGCACCCUCACAGACCGCGACGGCCUAGAACGAAUGCAGCCUCGACAGCUCGCUGCCAUUUACAGCGAUUUCCGUCUGGUCACUGGUCACGAGCCGCCGUGCCUCUUCCCGCCGAAACGGAUCGCCGUCCAGCUCGAACCGUGAAGGCAACGUCCAUCAACGCCCUGUCCCUGUCGGUCCCUGUCCAGCUGCUCACCUGCCCUGCGGCCUCGCUGCUCUUCUCCGAACCUGGGGAGCCACUGGAGGGGAAAAAGACUUGUCCUGCCAGAGGGAAAGGGUCCCUGACUGACUGA